CGUAAUGGAAUUUGAUCGUUUCCAAAUUCUUCAAAAUUGGUGAAUAUCUAUUAAGGACACUUGCUCAGUUCUAGUUUCCUGAUCUAUCAAGCUCAUGAAAUAUAAAAACAUUUCUCUUUCUAUCUAGAUGAUUCCAAAACAAAGUCAAAGAUCAAACCAUCAACUCCACCCAACAAGAUGAACAACAACGAAGCAUAUCCCGAAAUGGAUCCACAAUCCCAAAGAAUCAUCGAAGAUCUUGCCGCAAGCAUGAGAGAAGAUGAGGCCUUUGCCGAAUACACAACCGAUCGAGAGACAGAAUUACAGAUGUACAUCGAGCAGCGCCGAGCGCAUCUCAAGAUUUUUAUAGAGGAGCGUCAACUGUACCGACAGAUGUAUAUUGAGGAGCGCCAGAAACGUCUGAAGAAGGAAAGGAAGGAGGCUCGAUUCAGUCUAUUCAUGAGUCAAGUUAUGAUCGUGUUGGUUGUCGCUUUUUUUGUAUACAUCGUGUGCAAGUAUUGCGUCUGA